CUUAUUUACAUUUUCCAGUUCGGCUGUCCCCACUGUCAACUGUAAUAUACUGCGUUUUUUAUUUUAGUGUAGUAGCUAUUGAAUUCGUUUAAUUGGAAAUAUGGAACGUAAAGGUUGUGAUUUAAGAAGCGAAGAACAAAAGGCUCGAGUUAAGAAGUACAAUGACAGUCGAAGAAAAGGAAUGAAAUCUUUCGGACUAUUUGCUAGUGGUGCGGAUAACUCAGGAGACGGUUCUAAACAGAAAAGUUCUGAACUUGUUGCUCAAAGUAGGAAUAAGCGAAAGAGAGAUGAAAGUUUUUAUCGGUGGCCAGAUAUCCAUGAUCAACCAGCUGAUUCAUGUGAUUUUGAACCAGAUUUCAACCAAACUGUACCCAAUUCCUGCAAAGUGCUCUUGAAAGUUUUUCUCUAUUAGAGCAAAAUACUGGACUGUCUAGUGAAAUCAUGAAAUCAGCUAAUGACCGUCUUGACAAAAUGAAGAAGGAUAAAAGAGCAGAGAAAAGAAACAAAGAAUGUUUAGAUGAAGCUUGGUUAGAAAUGGAACAAGAGGUCUUCUCUGCAUUUGUUUGUUCAAAAGCCUGUUUGAAAAAAGAAUGUGAAUCCUGCUUUG